AUGCUCGCGGAGGUCCAGCAACGACUCCUCCAGGCCCAGCAGUUGGCCAAACGAUACUAUGAUGGCCACCAUCAUCAGGCGGAGUUCGCGGUGGGUGAUUGGGUCUGGCUGCGUCUACUUCAUCGCUCUACACAGUCGUUGGACCCCCGUGCGAGGAAGAAGCUCGGUCCUCGCUAUGCCAGUCCCUUUGCUAUCCUGGAACGCAUUGGCAAAGUGGCGUACCGUCUUCAGCUUCCAGCAGGUGCACGGAUCCAUGAUGUCUUCCAUGUCGGGCUGCUCAAGCCUUUUCGCGGCGAUCCACCCGCGGCACCACCGGCGCUUCCGCCACUCGCGGACGGGCGUCUCCUUCCUGCACCGGAGAAGGCGCUGAAGGCUCAGCUACGCCGAGGCUCCUGGUACGUGUUGAUUCGGUGGGCUGGACUACCAGAGGAGGACGCUACUUGGGAGCAACGCGAGGAGUUCCGCCAGCACUACCCCGACUUUCAGCUCGAGGACGAGCUGUUUGCGCAGGCGGGGAGAGAUGUUAUGACCGGCCAGCAGGCAGCCGCACACAUCCGCCGCCGCCGGCACCGCCGCGAGGGUUCCCAGCGGCCACCUGCUCUGCCGACCGGCCAGGAGAUGGCGUCACCUCUGACGGACCUCCCCGUCCACCUCCUGGCCGAGAUCUUCCUCCGGCUGCCCGACCCGGCUGACCUCGCCCGCGCCUCCACGGCCUGCGUCACCUUCCGCCGGCUCGCCACCGACGGCUCCUUCCUCCGCGCCUUCCGCGGCCUCCACGCCCCGCUGCACCUCGCGCUCCUCAACCUCGGCGGGUUCCACCCAGCCCUCCCGCCUCACCCCUCCGCGCCCGCCGCCCGCGCGCUCGCCCUCGUCGCCGACUUCAAGUUCUCGUUCCUCCCCUCCCACCGCCGAUGGAUCGUGUGGGACGUCCGCGACGGCCGCGUCCUCCUCUCCCGCAAGAUCACAGAAGACGGGCAGCCCCGAGUCUUCCCGGAGCUCGCGGUGUGCGACCCCUUGCACCGUCGGUAUGUCCUGCUUCCCCCGGUACCUGACGACCUAGCCGCUUCGGUGGAGCACCGGCUCCCCCACCCUUUCCUCGCUCCCCUCGGCGAGGAGGAGGAGGAGGCGGCGCCCAUGGAAGAGAUGGCAUUCAGGGUGAUCUGUUUGGCACUAGGCAAAACUAAGCUGGCGGCCUUCGCCUUCUCUUCGAGCACGGGACAAUGGCGAGAUGCUGCAUCCAAGGAUUUGAGUGAUUUGGGCCUUGCCAUGCGUGACUCGGACAUGAUUUCAUGGAUGAACCCUUUUUAUCUCAGGCGCCAUUAUGCUUAUGGCUGCUUCUACUGGGACUUUCUCGUGGUCAAGCGGAACCUGUUGGUCGUGCUUGACAUCAGGAGGAUGGAGUUCUCCAUUGCAGAACUCCCACCCGGAGAAUGGUAUAGGGAAGGUGUAGCCAUCGUUGAGGCAGGGGAAGGCAGGCUUGGGAUGUUUGGUCUCUGUGGUGAAAAAGAAAUUGCAUCUGAUCUCAGUUAUGGCACCAUUGUGCGAAACAGAGGUGAUAGUCCCAACCAGUGGCUGAUGGAGAAGACAAUCUCACUAGAUUCUGGGUACCAUUAUUUUAUCAAAGCUGUAACAGAGGGGUGUUUGCUAUUGAUGAUAGCAGAAUCCCUGCCAGGUUCACCUAUAGAGAAGCCACUCCUUGAGUAUUUCACAAUGGACAUCGAGACAUUGCAGCUUCAGAGGGUUUGUGCGAAACGAUUCAAGCUUAGGCUGCCCACGUCAAGCAUAUAUGCCUACUUUUUUCAAACCGGGAUAUAUACCAACUUUCCACCAUCAUUGUUACCUGCACGGACAGUAUGAAGUGAUUCAGUGGAGUCCCGAUGAAAUCAGCUUUCAGAGUUCAAAGUGGUCGCUGUUUCGAUAGCGUGGAGUUGUCACAGAUGUGAUCACCUUUGCUGACAAGAUAGCGCGUGAUGAUCUACAUAUUUCACUUGGCUGUGGUCAUAUGUUUGAGAGCAUAUUUGUGUUCUGUUAUCUUGUUUAUUCCAACUGGCAUUUUAAUUGAACGAGGUUGGUAAGAAAAUAAUAUCUUGGACACUGUGAGUAGCUUAUGCACGAGUCCUGAUGGAACCAAUUAUUUCCAAUGUAACAUAGAAGGAAUACAAGUUUGGAUCCAGUUUACCUUGGAUUGUUUCACCUCAAAGAAAAUUCAUUAAAGUCAAGGACAACUCAUUUUGUACAUUAGUAUUCUUUUGAUAGAUAUGUAAGUAGGGAGAAAAGUUUCCUUUUAAUCAUCUUCACAUGUAGUAUAAUUUAUUAAUUUUAUGUCAUGGUGUUAUUUAGAAAUCUGCAUAAUUUGGUACGGUCAGAAACAAGAUUCUGAGUUACUGUUUUAAAUACUAAGAAUAGCUUAUGCUCACAAGCUGUUUUAUCUGGAAUCAACCUCAAGGCAGUGCUUAUCGCUGCACAGGCAACCAAAAAUUCUUGUUUAUUUCAGUCAAUCUCGACCACUUUUAGAUCCUCGUGUCGUGGUAGUUCUCCUGAAUUUUAAAGCAGAUCAUAUGGGUGAGAUGAUUGACUUAAACUUUCCUUUGGAGGCACAACAGCCUAUUUUUCUGAGAAACCUGAAAAACAAAUGGUCGGUGUGUUAAGUAAAAGCAAGGGAAAAUAGUACUUUGUCGUGAAAACAUAUUCACAAUCCUGCUGUUAGCACCACCAUCAUCAUUCUUAUUUCUAAGUAAAACAAUAGGGAAAUUCGUAUGGUCUUAUGUGCUAGCCUGCAAUGGCAAUGACAGGCUAAACUUUCAGUAUAACAUAUUGCUGUACAUUUGAUUUAUCAGCUACUACACAAGCUACUUACUUGAAUUAGGAGUUCCUCACGCCAACAGUCAGCUACCUGGUAGAACAUCACGCCAAUACUCUGAAAACUUUGCUGUCUUCAGGUGGUUU